GGAAAAACAGGCUCGCUGUGACCGAUUAUCCACCAGCAUUUCGGAAAUAACCAAGGAGAGUUGUCACACUCCCCGAGCGCAAGGCUUGCAUCGUGGCUCUUUCACAAGUGGCAUGUUCGAGGGAUACAGCGGACACGAUUGAACUCCUGCUUUCACCCAAAGAGGAUUCAAUGAAAAUGUCCGUGUGCGUCCAUGAGAACCGGAAAUCCAGAGCCAGCACUGGCUCGAUGAACAUCUACCUGUUCCACAAGUCCUCGUAUGCCGACAGUGUUCUCAUGCACCUCAACUCACUGCGGCAGCAAAGGCUUUUCACAGAUGUCCUCCUCCAUGCCGGCAGCCGUUCCUUCCCCUGCCAUCGUGCCGUGUUGGCUGCCUGCAGCCGCUACUUCGAGGCCAUGUUCAGCGGUGGGCUGAGGGAGAGCCAGGCCAGUGAGGUCGACUUUCGUGACUCCAUCCACCCGGAGGUUUUAGAGCUCCUGCUGGAUUAUGCGUACUCCUCACGUGUGGUCAUCAAUGAGGAGAACGCAGAGUCACUACUGGAGGCUGGGGACAUGCUGGAGUUCCAGGACAUCCGGGAUGCCUGUGCUGAAUUCCUGGAGAGAAACCUUCACCCAACUAACUGCCUUGGCAUGCUGUUGCUGUCUGAUGCACACCAGUGCACCAAGCUGUCAGAGCUCUCUUGGGGCAUGUGCCUCAGCAACUUCCCUGCUAUUUGCAAGACGGAGGACUUCCUCCAACUGCCCAAAGAUAUGGUUGUGCAGCUUUUGUCACAUGAGGAGUUGGAGACAGAAGAUGAGAGACUGGUUUAUGAAGCUGCCCUGAACUGGAUCAACUAUGACCUGGAAAGGAGGCACUGCCAUCUCCCAGAGCUCCUGAGAACGGUCCGUCUUGCCCUGCUGCCAGCCAUCUUUCUAAUGGAGAAUGUCUCGACAGAAGAGUUGAUCAAUGCCCAAGCCAAGAGCAAAGAGCUGGUGGAUGAGGCUAUCCGCUGUAAGCUGAAGAUUCUGCAGAAUGACGGCGUCGUUAAUAGCCCAUGUGCUCGACCAAGAAAAACCAGCCAUGCUCUCUUUCUCCUGGGGGGGCAGACUUUCAUGUGUGACAAGUUGUACCUGGUGGACCAGAAGGCCAAAGAAAUCAUCCCAAAGGCGGACAUCCCCAGCCCAAGAAAGGAGUUCAGCGCCUGUGCCAUUGGCUGUAAGGUGUACAUCACAGGUGGGAGAGGCUCAGAGAAUGGCGUGUCCAAAGAUGUAUGGGUCUAUGAUACUGUCCAUGAGGAAUGGUCCAAAGCAGCGCCCAUGCUAAUUGCCAGGUUUGGUCAUGGCUCUGCAGAGCUGAAACACUGCCUGUAUGUGGUAGGAGGUCACACCGCAGCAACUGGCUGCCUCCCUGCUUCUCCAUCUGUAUCACUCAAACAGGUAGAGCAGUUUGAUCCGGUGGCCAACAAGUGGACCAUGGUGGCUCCUCUGAGAGAGGGUGUGAGCAAUGCAGCAGUGGUCAGUGUCAAGCUCAAGCUCUUCGCCUUCGGAGGAACCAGCGUCACCCACGACAAGCUGCCCAAGGUGCAAUGCUACGAUCCGCAGGAGAACCGAUGGACUGUACCUGCGUCCUGCCCACAGCCAUGGCGCUACACAGCUGCUGCCGUGCUUGGAAACCAGAUCUUUGUCAUGGGCGGGGAUACAGAAUUCUCAGCAUGCUCAGCUUAUAAAUUCAGCAGCGAGAACUACCAGUGGACUAAAGUGGGCGAUGUGACGGCCAAGCGGAUGAGCUGCCAGGCAGUGGCAUCGGGGAACAAACUGUAUGUGGUGGGAGGUUACUUUGGCACACAGCGGUGCAAAACUCUGGACUGCUAUGACCCCACACUGGACGCCUGGAACAGCAUCACUACUGUGCCAUACUCGCUCAUUCCCACUGCUUUCGUCAGCACCUGGAAACAUCUGCCUGCUUGAGCCCCAAACCCUCUACCCACCCUCCUUUCAUGAGAUUUCCCUGUUUUGCAUCAUCUACUGGACUCCAACUGUGAAGAAGCCCUCACCCUCUUCCUCUAAAAGAGACACUAAGCAGUGAUGUACAGACACCCGCAUUCAUUUUGAUGUCGCAAAGAUGCCGAAACACAGAAACACAUGCAGCUGGACAUUUUCUGGAAUGAUGUCAUCUCUCGUCCCCGAGAAGGAAGCACAGUAGCUCGCGCAAACAAACCAAACAAACUGCUGCUUGACAAAUGAGGCACACACUCUGACCUUGUGUACAAUUGGUGUAUCAGGCUUGUGCUUUCAUGCUGCCAUAUGAUGACUGCAAACCACCAAAACCUGCAUUUUCCCCAUUUAUUCAUGACAGGCUUGUGAGGAUCUGUAUUGAUGUUUUUUUUCUCUGAGUAAAAAGAAGAAAAAAAAAAUACUCUCUUCAUAGAGACUGCAACGUAUAGCAUGAUAGUUGUACUAUUUAUAUUGAGGAGGGGGGUUGCAAUGAUUGGUGUGCUAAAGAACAGAAA